AAUUUACACCUAAAAAAUACGACGUACAUGAUUGUUCUACCAAAAUCACAUAGCUAGAUGUGUUGAGAAUAAAACGUGAUUGUAAUGUGUUUGUGUAUCUAAGCAUGUGAGAGCAAACUCGGCAUCUCUGUCCUUGCCGACCCCCGGUUUACCGAGUUGAGUACUUCUGCAGAAGAGACGGAACAUCUGGAUGAUCAUGGAUGAAUUCACUCCUUUAGACUGUCUGCUACCUACAGGCACACAGAAAAUAUGUCUGAUCAUUCUCAACCAGCCUUUGGAAAAAGACUGUCUUCACACACUCUGGAGUAAAGCUCUCCUGCGGGCGUGUGCAGAUGGUGCGGCCAACCACCUGUAUGACAUCACCGCUGGACAACAAGACAGUUUUCUUCCAGACUACAUCAGUGGGGACUUUGAUUCUAUUACUGCAGAGGUCAAAGCUUUCUACACAGAGAAGAAGUGUCGGUUGAUAGAGACUUCUGAUCAGGAGCUGACUGACUUCACUAAAUGUCUGACCAUCAUGGUGGAGGAGAUCAAGAGACAACAGCUUCAGGUGGAUACUAUAGUGACUCUGGGUGGUCUAGCAGGAAGAUUUGACCAGACCAUGGCUUCAGUAGAGACUUUGUACCACGCCCUCAAUAUGACAGAACUACCUCUGGUGGUUCUACAGGGAUGCAGUCUGGCCUACCUGCUACGACCGGACAUGAGACACAGGUUGGGAGUGAAUACAGGACUGGAGGGGGAAUGGUGCAGUCUAAUACCUAUAGGAGGACCAUGCAAAACACACACCACUGGACUCAAAUGGAACCUGGACAACCAGGUACUGCAGUUCGGGAAGCUGGUGAGCACAUCCAACACCUACGAGCCUGUCGCCCUGGGAGACCAGAGGAAGCCUGUAACCGUGACAACGGACCAGCCACUGCUUUGGAGCAUGGGCAUCUGCAGGGACAGGAAAUGACAUCAUCGACCAGGGUGCUCCACCUCCUUCCAGAAUGGACAAAUGGGUGUCAUUUAAAUAGGCUAAUGGCUUCCUCUCCCAAACUGAAAAUUCACGCUUCUGCCUAGUUGAAAUACUGGAAAUACCGUACAAAUACCGAAAUACCGUACAGAGAUUCCUUGGUGAAGGAAUCUCUGUACGGUCACAAGAGGAAGCCACUUUAGACUAUAGAUUCACCACUAGCCUAGGAAACUCCGUCCUGAUUCCAAACUGGAGACUUGCUCCCUUCCCCUUGAAGACGAACCAUUGCAGAUCUGUGGUGGGGUUCAAAUCCAUACUUCUCAAGGGUGGAUUUUAGGGUGCAAGUCUACGGUUUGGAACGCAGGCCCAAUGUGCCUUCACCGUUGUCGCUUAACAAACAUAGAUACACAUUAUAUACAAGUCAAACAUAAGUCAAGCUGCGUAUUUCUUUGAUUUAUUAACACAGUCAAAUAAAAACAUUGCAAACAAUGUAAAAAAUAAAUAAAUGCAAUCCCUUCACUACCCUCCCACCACCACUUUUCCACAGUGCCCCGCUGCCUAAGGUCUCUCGUUAUUGUAGUUCUGUAGUUGUAGUUAUGUAACAUCUCCAGAGGUUAAACCGCCCCUGAGAGAGAUAAGAGAACUCACAUAAACAGGGCCACACAGAGGCUAAUUCAGUUUCUCCCCUUCACCCAAAAGUAUACAAUCAUCCACUCCUCUUAACUGUAGUGGCAGAAAGGCUGUAUGCCUUAUGAUUUAAAAUAGAGCGUGUUUCAUGCAAUCAUAUAUUUGGAUCUUGUAGACUGGUAACAUUAGUGCACUUUAGAACACUGUAGUCAGAUCACCCAAUCUCUAUGCUAACCUACAAAGCCAAAUGGACUGAACUUGAAUGAUGUUUUCUACCAAUAAUGUGCACAAUACAGUACUGACUGCCUACUGUCCAACUGACUCCUGGUGUGUGUGUCCUGCAGUGUCUUGUCCUAUGUUGAAGGUGCAGUCCUACUUUCACAAUUGAAAGAUGUUGUUGAAGAUGUGGAUGAGCUUGACAAAGAACCCGAUGAAGCUCAUGAUGGCAAACCCAAUCACUGUCGCCAUGGCAACCUUCUAGAACAGAGAUCAAAAGAGAUGGUACAAUAAUAAUCUCUCGUCACAGAAUCAUUACAUUUUACAGACAUACAAUUCCAGAGAACUCCACAAGAACCUUCUUGAUCGAUGUGGUUCCAAAUCAACUUUUCUUUCUGAGAAAGAUGGAACUUUUGUCAGCAAGGCAAUGAGGACUGUUUUACAGGAGUUUUAUUGAAUCUGUGUUGAUGUUUUUGACGGUGGCCUGGUUUAGCAAUCUUAAUGUUUGCAACAAAAACAGGCUAGACAGUGGUAGAGGUGGCCAGCAAGGUCAUCGGGGUGCAGCAGACACAGCUCUUAGAAACAUUUAGGAAGUAAGUGAUGAGGAGAGCUAACAGUAUCCUAGACUGUUCUAAUCACCCGGGCAUUGACGAUUUUGAGCUCAGGUCAUUGUUUUCAACUUCCCAAAUUCAAGAGCAAGAGAUCCAAGAGCAACAUCCCACAGGCCAUAAACUUUCUAAAUCUACACAUGAAAUUAAAUAAUGCAUAUUUAUUGAUGCAUGUUUGCACAAUGACUGCGCCUUUUAUUGAUCGUACACUGUAACCAAUCUCAUGAUGUAUAUCUGUUGUAUGGUUGUCACUGUUUUUAAAUGUUGUUUUUAUUGUUGAACCCUGACUGCACAACACAUUUCCCAAUUAGAACAAUAAAGACAUUUGAUUGUUUGA